AUGGGAGAUGCCCGAGAGUUACUUCAAAGAAUCAAACAAGAACGAACUGGUGUAAAACGGACGCGAAGUGAAUCUAAUCAAGACAAUAAAAAACAGAAAGCUUUACGCAAUGAUGAUAAUACGAAACAUUCAGAAGAUGAUUUUAUACCAGAUCGCUCUUCUCAAGCAAGAUUGAACUCUUCUAACGAUGAAAUGGCUAGUGGUGACCGGAACAAAACCAGCUUACCAGAUGACUUUUUUGAUGAAUCAGUACCAAAAAAUGAAAAUCUUAUAAAUGAGGAAUGGUCGUUUUUUCAAAAUGAAAUUAACGACAUUGAACAGCAAGCCACACAGAAAGAGUCUUUGCUUCAAGAAAAAGAACUCCAAAAGCAAAGUGAAGCAUCUGAUCUAAAUGAAAAAGAAAUUUCGAAUAGCCGCACCUUGUCUGACGAGACAGAUAUUAAUUUACGUCCUGAUGAUUAUGACGCUCUCUACCUUGACGAUUCAAAUCGAGAUUAUAGAGAAAAGCUCUCCUUAAUAAAAGAAAGCUUCCAAAACAGACAACAAGAAUCUUCCAAGCCAGCAACUAACGUUUCUGAUGAAGAAUCAGAAGGUUCAGUUAUAGAUGAUAAUUCUUUAUGGGGUUUUCAAGAAAACUCAUAA